AUGAAUCCAAUACUGUCUCUUUUCUCGAUACUAUAUUUCACCAGUCAAAAUUUCUUCGCGUGGAUCUUUGGACCCUCGCGCUCCCCGUCGAGAUCCUUCAACAAGGGCCUACCUAAAAGGAAAAUCGCCAUUAUCGGUGCCGGCCUGACCGGUGUAUCAUCAGCGGCACAUUGUAUUGGCCAUGGCUUUGAGGUGCAAAUAUUUGAGGCACGCGGGAAAGAGAAAGGACUAGGAGGUAUAUGGAGUCGCGUCAACUCGACAUCGGCAUUGCAGAUCCACAGCAUCAUGUAUCGCUUUCACCCAACCGUGCAAUAUAAACACGCAUAUCCCACUCAACACGAAAUUCGCGACCAAAUUGUCGAUCUGUGGAAACGUUACGACCUGGAAGAGCGCACAGAAUUCGGAACGCCGGUUACCUCUGUUAAAAAGGCAAAGUCGUCGGGCAAGUGGGUCAUUAACAAUCACCCCGAGAAAUAUGGAAGCUUUGACGGCGUUAUUGCAGCCGUCGGAGUUUGCGGAGAUCCCAAAAUGCCCACUUUACCAGACCAAGAUCAAUUCGAUGGUACCAUCUGCCACUCAUCAAAUCUCGACGGGAAGGACAUCAAAGGCAAAAAGGCUCUUAUCAUCGGAGGCGGCGCAAGUGCCAUUGAAGCACUGGAGUUUGCAGUUGCGUCUGGAGCCUCCGAAAUCGACGUCCUUUCUAGGUCAGACAAAUGGAUCAUUCCACGCAAUAUUCUGGUACAGUCCUUGCUGGCUAUGAACAUCUGGGGCGAAGAGAUAUCUCUUUCAUGGUUACCAGAGUGGUUGCUUCGCAAAUUCUUCUAUCGGGAUUUAGAAGACAUUGCUCCUGAAAGUGGUCUAUUUACGACCACCCCAAUGGCAAACUCAGAUCUAUUUAACCUCAUCCGAGAGGGCAAGGCCCGUUGGUUACGUGGUGAUAUUGAUAGUGUCAAAAAGUCUGGCAUCCUCUUCAAUCAUCGAUCGGGAGAUACCCCUAAAGGUGGCCCUGGCUACGAGAAGCUUGUCGAAGGUGAUAUUAUCAUCAUGGCGACUGGUUUUAAACGACCGACACUCUCAUUCCUCCCCAGGAUUCAUUCGAAGAUAAUUACUCUCCCCGGAUUGCACCUGAGCAUCUGCGCCAAUAACAGUACCUACGUAAACGCCAUCGGAACGGUCGGAAACAUUCAUAUUGGCAUUUAUACGCGCUUUUUGCUUAUGUUUCUGACGGAUCCGCUCACAAACCCGACAGAAGAACGCAUGAAAACCUGGAUUGAUUUUACCCGCUGGAUGAAGCAGGGAGCGCCACCUAGAGCAUUCGAUUUCUUUACAUACACGGAGUUGAUAUACUGGUUUGUGUUUCUCGUCUUGGUCAAUCCCUUCCGUUGGAAAUGGGCGCUUUUUAUUCUUUUUGGUGUCGGGCAAACGCUUCCGUUGGAGAUCGUUAGGGAAGAAAGUGCUUUCCGAGAAAGGUUGCAGAACCAGCGCGAUAAUUAA